AUGGCCACUUCUUUGUCAGUUUCAGACCACAUAAGGCAACUCAACGAUGCCCGAAAACUGGUCUUGGGCGAUGUGAAGCUCUAUCCCUCGGUCGUCAAGGGAAUCCUCCCCAUCAUCGCCCCAACAUCACAUCUUGAGCUUCGACGAUGGACAGCCGACUUCCUCGCGGAUACCUUUGCGACACCGGCCCUGCCCUCGAGGGACAAGGAGUCCAUGCAACCCUUUGUGCUGGAUACCGUCCAGUCGAUCCUAGAAAAUCCAGACGAAGAUGCCCACGUGCUCCGAAGCAUGAUCCAAACAGCCGCCAGCAUCUAUCCCAUCACCUUGCGAUGGAUCAUAGAAAAUUCGUACGAUACAAUAACCUGGGAACGAAUCACCGCCGUCAAGACGAGGAUCCUCCAGAUAUGGGACCGCGCGAACCCGUCUGUUCAGAUCUGCUGCAUCAAAUUCGCCCAGAAAGUUGUUCUCGCGCAGUCUGUUUCUGGAACAGAACCCAGGCGUGGCGAGGGGUUGGACGUUUCUCUUGAUAAGGUGCCGCCAAACCAUGCCUUGCUAGACCCUCGGAUGCUCGAGGCGGAAGCUUUCGGCCUGCUCGACCGAAUGCUGGGGGUUUUGCAAGAUAACAGCAGCGAUGCUCUGGUCGUUGAUGCAACUCUCAACUGCCUUUCUAUCCUAGUCCGCACACGACCAGCGACGUCCAACAGGAUCGUCAACACGGUGUUGAACUUCAAUCCUCUAAAGCUCGCCAAUUCCCCCAUGACAUCCAAGGAUCGAGUGAUGGCCAAAUCCAUGGAGAAAACGACCCGAAUGUUCCUCAUCCAUCUUGCUAAAAGGGAUCCCCACCACCCUCUCGCGCCGAGGAUACACCAGCAGAUUGAACGCCUAAUGAGGAUGAAAGCCGAAAUAUUUGAUGAUACAGCUAGGAAAAGAGCUUUGGAUCUUCAACAAAGGGAGGUCUCCGAGGCUAAACGCCUCCGUACGUCGCCUGCGGGCGUUGCGGCACCGCCGCCCCAGGAGAUUCCUCGGCUGGGCACGGGACCGCAUACCCUCGGUGCCGUGUUUACUUUAACCGAGUCGACACCACUCUCGUCUUUUGACGUGGGUAGCGUGCCCCUUGCUCUAGUUGCGCGACUAAACGUCUCGACCCUUGUCAACGUCGACCGACAGGCUCUCGACCGUGCUAUCCAAGCCGUACGAGAUCGCCUCUCAUCAUUAGCCGCAGCGCCGCCAGCUCUCAACCCCAACACCGCGCCUCUGGGUGUGGAAGAAGAUGACGACGAUUAUGAGCCCGACUUUUAUGCUGCCGAGGAUACUGAGCAGAUUCUCAACAAACUUGAUGGGUCCACGGAGUUGAAGCCUUCCCAUGCAGAGGAUGGUCUCCAGUUGGAGGCAUUUACAUUAGCAUCUGCGCCUCCUCUCACAACGGACGGAGCCGUUGCGAUUGGCAAGAUGAGCAUCACGCAACUAGUGGAGCAGCUCAAGACAUCCGAUGAUCCCGCAGCGAAGAAGCCCAAGGUCGGGUUUAACCGGUUCGCUUCCAGCUUCGGUGACCGUGAUUCCCUAGUCACUCUCCUAGUCCGACUUGCCGCCCAGUCGAGCGCUGGCUUAGACGACAUUUCUCCGAAGAAGGAGGACGAAGACGGCGGGACAUCCGUUUCUAUAAGUAACGACAUACGCGGCGUACUCCAUACAUACAUUGUGGAUGAUUUCCGAAAGCGGAUCGACGUUGCCGUCGCCUGGCUUUGCGAAGAGUGGCUGAAUGAUAGGCUACAAGCGGCCAGGUCGUCGGAUAGCCCGAUCCACUAUGAGAAGCUGGCGCUAAAGCUCCUAGACGGCAUUCUCCCCUACCUCCACCCGCAGGACAAGAUCCUCACGCGCUUCUUGGCUGAGAUUCCGCAGCUGAGUCCGGCCAUACUCUCGCGCAUAAAACACAUGUGCCGCGAUCCGACAGUAGUUGGUCUCGCCCUGACUAGCCUACUCUAUCUAAUCAUGAUGAAGCCUCCAGUGCGCGAGCUUGCACUAGACACGGUGGAAGGGAUUUGGCAAGAAUAUGAAGAUGCAAGGCCGACGGCAGGGAAAUACUUGGCCAAGUAUCGGCCAGCGUCGCUAGAAAAGGCAGAGCGUGAGGCAGCCAGUGCAGCAGCAGCAGCACCUUUAGCCGCACCAGCAGCGCCCAAUGGCGGUGUGACGGCGUAA